UUUGGUAAAAUGGUAAAUUAUUUAAUUUUGCUCUUUAGUAAAUUGUAAUUACCCUUUCUAUGUACCCUAGACAUCAUUAUUUAGUAAACUGUUUAUUAAUAAUCUAUCCCCUCAUGCAGGGAGAGUUGCAGAAGCAAGUUACAGAGGGAAGUUGGACACCACAGGGUCAUGAUGAUCUACUUUCACGGGCACUUGGACGUAAGGAGCAUGGAGGACGUGUUAGAGGUGUUGGAGGAGGAGCAAAAAUCAAAGAUGUCUUUGGAUCGGGAAAAAGCAAACAGAGUGGGGUCGUCUCGAUGGAUGAAUUGGCCAUGAUCACACAAGAAAUCACCAAGAAAAUUCAAAAAGAUUGUGAUGAAAAGAUCGAGAUGAUGAACACAAAACUUCAUGGGAUGUUUCAGCAUUUAAAACAGAUGGGUCUCUCACUUCCGGAGGAUAAUUUCAUGAAUGAUAUCGGAAACCCAAGUCCCGGUAUUGUUCGAAGCAGCUGCCAGUCAGUAGGAGGAGAUGAUCAUAUAUCAGAGCUGAGGACACCAACUCUUUGUCGGCUUUGUGUGGUAGAUAAGGUAAAAGAUAGAGUUGUUGUGGCUAGGGGCACUGUAUUUCCAUCAAACAAUGAAGGGAGUAACAUGAUUCAUAAUAAUCCAAUUAUUGCUCAAAAUGUUAGAGUUUCAAUUGAUGAUGUUGUACCAGAAUUUCAACUGACUCCCCUUCCAGUGCCUUGUUCUGAACAUGAAACGAUAGGAAAUGCUGAGGGUAGUUUUGUGCAGUGGCCUAAGGAGCUCGUGAUCUUGGGACAGGAUCCCGUAUCGUUGGAGAAGAAAAAAGGUCAUGAAAAAAGCCCAGAAAAAGUUGUCACAAAGCCUGAGAGUAAAGGUUCAGCGACUCAGUUGAAGAAAGGCGUGAGUGAUGAAAAUUCAACUCAGAAUUGUAGAUCUUUACGCUACUUGCUUGAGCAACGUGGUUCAAAAGAUGCAACCUUUACUUUUGAAGAUGGAACAAUUACCAUAUAUGUGACAUACGAAGAUGUUGAUCAAUUCUUGAAAAAGAGUUGGUUAAAUAUACCCAUCUUGGAAAUCUAUUCGAAGUAA